GACCCGCAAGAUUGUGCGCACACCUACGAUAUCGUUUUGGCGUGGACCAGGAAGGUCCUGGGGCUGAAGACCAGCCUCCAGGAGCAGCAGAGACUCUCCAGGGCCAUGCGGGUCGACUCCCGGAUCCAGGACGACUCGAAGGGCGAAUCGGCGCAGGACAAAUACCGUUUCGCUGUCGACCGCCUGAAGGCGGACGUCCGCUUCUUUUACCAGAUCCUGCAGGAAUUCAUGGACCUGCCCCCAGAUUUCUCACAGCAGAACAGAACGUGGGAGGACUGCAUGAACGACAUGGAGGUGGACCUCAAGAGCAUCUCAGGAAGCGCCGCGGCAGAGAACGCGGCCAUGAGCGUAGAUGUGCUGGUCAGCCUGCUCAAUUACCGGGAUAAGGCAGUACACUUGAUGUUGUGCGGUAUUCUGUUCCAGAAGGCUGUGCUUGACUGGGACCUUAAGAACGAACGGGCCUACGCCGAUGGACCGAUGGUCAGCAUGGCAGAGCAGGUCGUAGACUUGUGGUCCAAGCACGAGACGUUGCCGAACAAGUACCGCGUCGUAGACCUGCCAACGGCGAGUGAUGUCGGGCCAUUCACUUGCACCGGCAAGAACAAGCACAAGAGCAGCCUUCCAUGUAGUGAAGGCUGUCACUGCUUUGUGACCGUGCUGCGCGAGAUGCGCUCGCUGGACAAGAGCCUUCGCCAGAUGGCCUUCGACACGCAGGUCAGGGCCUCCGGCGAGGUCGACACGGUGAGCGUCCUGAGGGACGAGUACGACAAGUGGUUCACGAAGGAGGCGAAGUUGAACGAGGACAUGAGGAAAGCGAAGGAGGUCGGGAAGGUGGAGAACAAGGUUCACAAGGUCCAGGAGCUUGCGGACAAGGACCGCAAGCUGAAGCAGCAGAUCAACCGCGCACCGGGCUCGGGCGGCAUGUCCCAGGCUCCGGCAAGAUGGGAUCGGGACAAGUUGGCGGCGGCUGUGCAGCGGGGCCAAGGCCGAGAGCACUUCAUGGAGGCGCUCGAGACGAAGAUGCAGCUCAUCCUUCCACAAGUCACACCCCUGGCCCAGUCGGGCCAUGUUGAUGCGGCGUGGAGACUAUGGACGGAUGCAGUGGCGGAGAUUGGCUUGAGUCACUUCCAGCGCGAGAAGACAAUUCCCGACCCAGAACUGACAGCUUUACGUCAACGGAGCCAGUACAUCAAGUUCACAACCGACAGGUAUCUCGGUAGCCGCUACGCGUGGAAUCUGUCAAGCAUGGAGGAGUUCAGGCGAUUCGGCUGGGUGCAGCAGAUGGCCAAGGACGCUGUCUCGCACCGCCAGGUGAUCGCAGCGAUCUGGGGUGCACUACAGAGUGGACCCGAGAGCUUGGAUGCAGACGGCAAGCUCACGAAGUCCGCGCCUCCGAUCGCCACGCAGAUUGAAAAAGAUGUCUGGACCUAUGCUCACAUCAGCGGCUCAGAGGACUUCUUCGAGUCUUGGGAGAGGUGGGGAUAUUCUUGGAAGGCUUUAUUUCUGGAGGAGGAGGUGAGGGAGUACUUUCUGAAGCGGUCCGACGUGAGCGCCAUGCUGACGCUCAGCGGAGAGGUCGGGGGGGAGAAGAACGAGCGACAGCAGCGCCGCCGCACCGAGGGCCAGCAGAAGGUGGCCAAGACCGCCGCCGGCUACAACGCCGCCAACAAAACGCUCAUGGUGCUCAUCAUGAAGAUGAUCAUGCAGCUGGCGCAGUCGCGCCGCACGGUGGAGGGGAUCCUAUUCGACGUUGUGCUGGUGCCUCACGACAUGCCAGAGGUAACACGCAUGGCAGAGCAAGGAGCCAAGUACAACGAGCAGGUCCAGGCCAAGGGCAAGGGCCACAGCCUCGGCGCGCCUCAUCUGCACGUGUUCGGGGGCCUGCUGGAGGCGCUGAUAAAUCGGCAGGAGAGCAUCGGCAAGGCGAACCUGGCGAAGUUGCAGGAGAUGAAGGGACGCUUGAGCACGAUGGACUACGCCGACCGCAUGGACAUCAUCAAGUUCACCAAGCUCGACAGGUGCUACGACCAGACGAAGAGGCGCAUCACUUUGUGCCUGGGAGACGGCCGCAAGGAGGUGAUCGGAGCGCUGACCCAGCUGGGGGGGGGAGCUCAAGUCGGGGAGGGCGCCAGCGACGCACAUGGAGCGCGAGAUGCAGGAGUGGCUAGAGACGUUCCUGGCAUAGAUACGAGUGCUACUCAGAGUUCAGAGUUGCUCACGAAUGACGGCAUCGUCAUCAUCUCGUUCUAUCCCACCUCCAUCGCCAUCCUGUUCCUCCAGAUCCCCGUGGACCCUGAGGCCCUUGAGGAGUAUUUCGCCGACCCCGAGGAUUGCGCCCAGGAGUCCUCAGAGGUUAUCUUCUGCAUCCCAGAGGCCCUUGAGGAGUAUUUCGCCGACGGCGCCGAUUGCCCCCAGGAGUCCACAGAUGACAUCUUCAGGUUCGCAGAGGCCCUUGAGGAGUAUUUCUACGCCCCCAACGAUUGCCCCCAGGUCGUGCAGGCCGCCCGGCUGCUCCUCGAGCGCUAUCCCGUGGCGGCCCUCUGCCGUGCGCUCGCCGACGCCCAGGGCGAGGACGCGGACUCGCUGCUGGGCGCGCUGGAGAAGCUCUCGGAGUUCGAGGAGGUGCGGGACGCGCUCCUGACUGAGGAGCUUGCCGGCUUCCUGAGGCUGGGCACGUCGGCUCCGGAUCCGCGCGCGAGGCGGCUGGUGGCAAGGUUGCUGCUGCAGCUGGCCAAGUCCGGCGAGGGCGGCGUGGGCUGGCUGGCGGGCGCGGGGCUGCUGGAUGCCUGCGAGGCGCUGCUGCUGGACCCCGAGACGGGCACCGCGGAGGCGGUGGCCGGGCUGCUGCGGGCGUGCUGCGAGUGGGAGGAGGGCCGGCGAGCGGUGCUCGGCGCCGAGGGCGGUGUGGUCGGGCGUCUGCAGGGGCGCCUCCAGGGCCUCGGCGACACGGAACGUAUCCGUGUCCUGCACCUGUUCGUGGAGCUGGGCAGGGUGUCCGACGAUGUGUUCACCACGCUGGCGGGCAGCGGCGCUUACAAGUCUGUCCUGGGGGCCUUCUUCACGGACGACCUGUUGCUUAAGCUCAACGCCGUCGAGCUCAUGGAUGCUCUUGGCUCCUACCCCAGGGGCCAGGUGCUCCUCAGCCAGGAGGGCGUCCCGCAGCACCUGGCCCAGGAGCUCGUGGACCCCACGUGCGACAGCUCGGUCCGCCUCUGCGUCGUCCGCCUCCUGGGCUUCGUGCUGCUGCGCUCGCCGGAGGCCGCAGGUGUGCUGCUGUCGACCAGGGAGGCCCCGUUCCCGCAGGUGGUGGCUGCGAUGCUGGGUGACCGCGACCCUGGCGAGCGCCUCGUGGCGCUGAGAGCUUGGGCCAGCGCCGCGUCGCACCACGCUGGCCUCGCCUUCUGGCUCGGCUGGCCUGAGCUGGUGCAGCUGGUGCUGUCCCAGGUGGCCGCGCCGCAGAACGAGGUCAGCAAGGGCGCCAUGGCCGCCUGGGCCGACGCGCUGCGCGGGCGGCCUCCGCCCCCGCCGGCACCCGCGAGCGGCGGCGAGGACGCCUCCCCAGAGACGGCCCUCUGGCGCCUGGCCGAGCAGAGCCUGGUGCCACUCGUGCUGAAGGCCCUCGUCGGCAAGCCCUUCCCGGACGUCCGCAGCCACUGCUGGCAGCUGCUGGCGGAGCUGGCGAGGUCCCGGGCGGCGGCGCAGCGCGUGAUCCCGUCCGAGGAGAUUCGCGACCUCCUGCUCGACUUCACUUCCGAGACCAAUUCCGAGGCCCGCAUCGCAAAGCACGAGUUUGUCGUGUCCCUCGUAGGGCACCAGGGGAGCUGGCUGGGAGCUUUCCUGGACGAGACGGUGGAGCAGCACCUUUCGGAGUACUCGCGGCAAGGCCCUCACUGGGUACCACGCAACUCUGCCGUCUUGGUCGGCGACCAGAAUGCCUGA